CGAGGCACAAUCAUUAAUAAUAGUAUACCAACAUUGCGUAUUAUUUAUUGCUUCGCUCAUCGAAUUUCCUGAUUGUCUCUGUCUACGCGGCAAAUAGCGCUGCAUUAUGUAAGGCAUUGAGAGUUAUACCGUUAUGAGAGCUGUAUCGUUAUGUCCGGGAAAAUUUACAAGGAGCAAGUAGAAAAAGCAACAAAACGUCCGGCGCGCUUGUGACGUUUCUGCCGCCGAGAUGAAAGAAAGAAAGAAAGCAGGGGUUAGAGUCGGCACGCGAAAGAUCAAUUGCGGGCUCUAAAUUAUGGUUCUUCCUCGAUUGGAGCUAGACGGGGGCGGCAACGCUGUGCCGCCCGUAUCCGGGCAUCCGGCAGUAAUCAGACUUGUCGAGCGGCGAGCCCGUGGGAAAACGGCUUAAUGCCGAACGGUUUUGCACGGAGCGGCGAGCACAAUCGGGUCCACCUUAAGCCGGCGUUCCGGCGUCGGACGAGUGCGAUUUUCCGGGGAGUGGGCCGGCGAGCACGGCGAAAGUGUCGGUAUAUAUGCUGCUGAUUGGCGAGAUGCAACCUCAGUGUGCACUCCCGAAGGCUACCAUGAGCACUUCGCAGAUCCUCGUGCUCCUCGCGCUUGUGGCGACGGUGGCUCUGGCCGCCGAGACCAAGAAGCCCGACGGCAAAGGAGCUGCCAGCUCAAAGGACACCAAGAGCAAGCGCGGCCUGGAACUGAGUCUGGGUCAUGGCGGUUUUGGUGGCGGCGGUGGUUUUGGCGGACACGAUUUCGGCGGUGACUUCGGCGGAGGAUUCGGCGGCGGUCUUGGCGGCGGCGGCGGCGGCGGCGAUGGCGGAAAAAUUUCCGGCAUCACGAUUCAUCGCGAGGUCGCUGUACCAGUCCCGGUGCCUUACACCGUCGAGAAAAACGUGCCGGUGCCGGUGCACGUGCCGGUGAAGAUUCCGGUGGACAAUCCGAUACCGUAUCACGUACCAAAGCCUUACCCGGUUCCGGUGGAGAAGACCGUACAUGUCCCCGUGGAAAAACCGGUCCCGGUGCCCGUCAAGGUGCCCGUCAAGGUGCCCGUCAAGAUACCCGUGCCCUAUAACGUACCUGUAAAAGUACCCUACGCCGUAGAGAAAGAAGUGCCUUACCCAGUCAAGGUGCCGUACAUCGUUAAGGAAUCCUACCCGGUCCUGGUGCACGGUCAUCACGGCGGCGGCGGCGGCGGCGGCGGUGGCUUCGGACACGGCGGCGGAUUCGGCGGUCACGAGAUCAGCUUUGACCUGCAUCAUUGACGAUAGUUGAACGUCAAUUGAUAUUAACGAUUACCCUUGUAUAUAAUGAUUGCGUUUUUCUUUUUUUACACGUGCUGUCUUAGCAAAAUAAAUAUUAAAUUAUUAA